UUGGCAGAUGCAGAAGGUAUCGGAGCAGAACCCGGGUUUAUCAUUGGUUCAGUGCAGUAGCCUGCGUGUGUGUACAUGUUCGAUAGCCUGGAGAUAGAACCUACAGAAAGAUGGAGCAGAAGUGCUGAUGUAGGAGAUUUGGGUGCUGCGGUCAUGCCACAUCGACUCUAAGCCUGUCAGCACGCCUGUGAGACAUUGAUGACAUGGCUGUAGCUGAAUGUCCGGAUUAUUUCAUGCAUCAGCCCAAAUAUAAGGACAACGUCGACAGAACCGCCAAUCACAGACCAGCAGAUCUUAUUGGGUCGAGUUUCCAGCAGGCAGCCAAUCGGAGCUCUCCUAACCACCAAGAGGAUGACGUUGAUCUGGAGGCUCUGGUAAAUGAUAUGAAUUCGUCGUUUGAUAGUCUGUACCCCUCCAGCAGUGUGCAGUGCGAGUCCACCCCACUGCUGCACAACGGGCAACAUGCACACACUCUCACACACUCACACAGCCACGGUCAUGGCCAGCCCACCUCAGGACAUCACAGACUACGCCGCUCCCAGCCUGUACACAUCCUCGCCUUCAGGAGGCUGCAGGAGGAGGAGCAGCAGUACCGGACAUCGUCUCUACCCGCCAUCCCAAAUCCCUUUCCCGAGCUGUGCAGUCCGGCCAGUUCGCCCACCGUUUGCCCUGGAUCUUUACCUCCCAGUCAAGCCACGGACAAGCAUCUUAUUUCUGGAGUUGUGGAGAACGUCGGAAAGCCGUUCUCAGAGGAGGUGGAAAUGCCAUCGUGCUCUCCCGACUGGUGCCUGCUCAGGCCUGGGGAGAUCAUUAAAAUCUUUAGCGAGGACGGCAUGGGCAAAGUGGUGGAGAUCCCGGCCGACAUGACGGCACGAGACCUGUGCCAGCUGCUUGUGUACAAAAGCCACUGCGUAGAUGACAACAGCUGGGCGCUUGUGGAGCAUCACUCAGCCAUGGGGCUCGAGAGAUGCUUAGAGGACCAUGAACUUGUGGUACAAGUGCAGGCGUCCAUGACUAGCGAGAGCAAGUUUGUCUUCAGGAAGAACUAUGCCAAAUAUGAAUUUUUUAGAAAUCCUCUGAACUUCUUUCCAGAGCAGAUGGUGGCCUGGUGUCAGGAAAGCAACGGAACCAUUCCUCCAUCUCAGCUCUUACAGAACUUCUUAAACUCCAGUAGUUGCCCAGAAAUCCAGGGUUAUUUGUAUGUGAAAGAGACUUGCAGGAAGUCGUGGAAGAAACUGUAUGUGUUUUUGAGACGCUCAGGAUUGUAUUACUCGACUAAAGGAACGUCAAAGGAACCAAGGCAUUUGCAGAUACUAGCAGACAUUGAAGACAGCAAUAUCUUCACCGUAACGGCCGGGAAAAAGCUGCACAACGCGCCGACAGAUUUUGAGUUUUGCAUAAAGCCCAGUAAAAUGAGGACGGAGCAGAAGGAACUCAGGAUGUUGUGUGCAGAAGAUGAACAGAGCAGGACGUGCUGGAUGACGGCUUUCAGACUGUUCAAGUAUGGAAUUCUUCUAUAUCAGAACUACAAGAUCCCACAGCAGAGAAAAGCUUUGCUCUCACACUUCUCUACACCAAUGAGAAGCGUAUCAGAGAACUCUUUAGUUGCCAUGGAUUUCUCAGGGAGAACAGGCAGGGUGAUCGACAAUCCUGCAGAAGCCCAAAGUGCUGCGAUGGAAGAGGCCCACGCCUGGAGGAAAAGAAGUCAACGGAUGAACACUCUGGGAAGCCCCAGUCCACUCCACCCCUCAUCGUUAAGUGGAGCCAUACACAGAACUCAGAUUUGGUUUCAUGGUCGAAUCACACGGGAGGAAUCGCACAGGAUGAUGCAUCAACAAGGCCAAGUAGAUGGAUUGUUCCUCUUGAGAGACAGCCAGAGUAACCCUAAAGCUUUUGUGCUUACACUGUGCCACCACCAGAAAAUCAAACACUUCCAAAUUUUACCGUGUGAAGAGGACGGUCACAUCCUCUUCAGCCUUGACGACGGAAUCACCAAAUUCACGGACCUGAUACAGCUGGUGGAGUUCUACCAGCUCAACAGAGGGGUCCUGCCUUGCAAACUAAAGCACCCCUGCACCACAGUGUUCUUAUGACCCCGAACUAGACUUUACCUUUGGCUCUUUAAGGAUAGGAGAAACUUGGACAUGGUUAAGUGCUGUGCAAAGCUGAACAGUGACUGGCUGCCUGUCACAGAAAGUACACUGCAGGCAUUCUUCUGAAGGUUUCUGAAGGUUUAGAAAAGAACUAAGAACGCAAAAUGGACCUUGAUAAAGAUACUGAGAGGAAAAGCUCAGAUCUUGGUUGCUUUCAUCCACUGCAAAUCUCAGGCAUGGUUGGUAAAGGUUCCUAGAGAGUUCUUCAUGUUGUACAAUCAUCAGUUUUAACCUGCAAAUUAUAGAAGAUGGACGAUUUAGUUCACAAGGUCCACUGUUUAGAAAAGAUCUCCACAACCUGAAGAUAAUGAAAGCUGGACUGAUUGUCCAGUUCACAAGGUUUAUUAUUUUCUUUAACAAUCUCCACAAACUGAGAAUAAUAGAUGGUUGGAAGAUGGAUUGUUUGUGUACUUUACAAGGUCAGGUGUUCUUCAAAGGUCUCCAUACCACGCAUGUUAUGAUUAUACCUAGACUGUUGAAGUCUUAUUCAAGUUUAUUUUUGUUUGUUGUGAAAAGAUCUUAAAAACCUGCAAAUGAUGAAAGAUCGAAUGAACAAGUCUACUUCACAAAGUUUGUUGUUUUGGAAAAAAAUCUUCAAAACCUGCAGAUGAUAAAAGAUUGGAAGAUGGACUAUUGGAAGUCUUGCUCUCGAGGUUUGUUGUUCUGAAAGGAUCUCCAGAACCUGCAUAUAAUGGAAGAUUUAAAGGUGGACCGUUUCAUUCUUGUUUAUGUGGUUUAUUGUUUUGGAAAGAUCUUUAAAACCCGGAGAUGAUAAAAGACUGGAUAAUGAGCCGUUUCUGACUUGAUCUCAAGGUUUGUUGCUUUGGAAAGAUCUCCAGAACCUGCAGAUUAUGGAACAUUCAAAGGUGGACUGUUUCAGUCGUGUUCAUGUUGCUUGAUGUUUUGGAAAAAAACCCUCCAAUGUUCGAGGAUGGAAGAUCUCCAGUUUUAUGUUUUUUUAUUUAAGCACAGGAAACAGCUGAUCUAUAAACAAUGUAAUCAGAGUCCAAGCUAGAUUUGAUCCACUUGCCUUUCAGAUCCGGAAUGACGAAAACAAAAGGCAAAGCACAGUGCUGUGAAAGAUGUCGAAGAUGGUUGAUAAAUAAAAUAUUUGUCUUUCACUACACUGACAUUUUGUCCAGGUUUGUCUAUUUGAAUCAGAGGAACAUGGCAGCGCUCUUAAAGUUUAUUCACAAUCCAACUUUCUGUCAACGCCAUUAUCAACAAAUGGCUAAAUGCUUUAUGACCCUCUGUCGCCCUCUACUGGUCGCCAUAAAUAAGUGCAGCCUCUGGUUCACCAUUGCAAGGCGCACCUUGAUGUGGACAGAUGGAGAACGGUGGAACAAAUAACCACUAUGAUCCUCCAAAAGUGGAAACUGCAGGGAGCUUGGUUCUGACCGGAGUCGUCUUUUAUGGAUGAGAUCAGAAGGCAGGAAUGGACGGUAGAUCGUGGAUUGGACAGUGCACUGUGAAGCUUCAGGGAAGGUGGAGGCACUAGGAGGUCCUAGGCUGCCUUGUUCAGUAGUAGCAGACAGAUUUGUAAUGUUAUUUUAAAAUUGUGACACGAGCCAUUGUUUUUUUUUUUUUUUUAUUAUUUUUUUUUUUUUAUUAAAGCGUUCACCUAUAACAUAUUAAGCUAUAAGGAGAAAGCCUAACCACAGUGUCUACGAGCUCACCGAUGCAAUCAUUUAUAAGUGUUGUUCCCAUGGAGCUAUUUAUUUAUCUGGAUCUGAGUAAUUACUUGAAAUUGAAUGAACUUCUGUUCAGCGCUGUUCAGGACUGUUCUUCCACAUUUUUGCAGACUUGAUUGAGCCUCCUGUAUUUUGUUUUACUUUAUUUCAGAGUUUUUUUUAACUCAUCUGCUGUAGUUUUGUAUCUGCCCUAUCUCUGACUUUGUCUUCACUAUUAAUUUGACAAAUAUACCCAUGAACAGUUUCAUCAUCUCAAUCAUCAGCGCCAUAAUACCAGUUAGAUUUCAGCAACACUUCCUAUACUUUAUUCAUGAUGCAUUAUAAAUGCUUUAGACAAUAAGCAUAAAUACAGUGAUGUAAAAAAUAUUCAGCCCCUGUCAAUCUCAUGCAACAUCCAAAAAAUUUUUUGGGACAGGAGCGUGUUUGUUUGGUAAUUUUUCCAUAAUGCACCUCUUCAGCUGAGCAACUGCACAUGCUUUUGUGCUUCAUGUUGUGCCAUGUAUUUUUUUUUUAAGGGAGACAGGUCUGGGCUGCAUGCAGACCAGUCUAGCACUCACGCUUUCUGCACGGGUUACAACGUGGGCACGCUGUCAUGUUGCAAUAAACAAGGACGUCCCUAAAAAGACAUUUGCUCCUAAAUAAGAAUAGAAUAAAUAAUAAAUAGAUAAGUUGCUCCUAAAUGUGUAGAUAUGUUUGAGCUUUAAUAGUGCCUUUAAAGAGGUGCUAAUUUCCCAUACCAUGACACACCCUGGAAGUUCUCAAAGUUAUUAUUUCAAUUACAACUGCAGGGUCACUUUCUUGGACAACAACACAAUUUUACAGUGCAUCACGUCAUUUCAGAUGAGCUUGAGCAUUUCUGGACGUGGUUGCCCUUACUGUACCAGAAUGUGUUUAUUAACAACUAUUAACAAUAGUUUGUCAAAAUUUUAAACCCAUUUCCUUCUCAUAUGUACUAUUUUAGGGUCACAGAAAUUUAGUAGCGACCUUCAGACUUGCCCUACUCAGAGGUUGUUCUAGAUUCCUUAAAGGUUUUGAUGAUGAUAUGCACUGUACAGGUUGAAAAAAACUCAAAGCUUCUUAACAGCUUAGUGCUUCUUUAUGUCCAAGCAUGAUGGCAUCACCUGUUGAUGAGUUUCUGGUCCUAAUUUACUCCUGUCCUAGUUGUUUUGGAACAUGUUGCAGGCAUCAAUUUACCAAUAAGCAUAUUCACAAAAAUCAAGUGUAUUUUGCUGUUUUUAUUUAACUACAGGUCAAAGUGAAUUUCAAAAUCACUGCAUUGUUUUUAUUUUACGUCCUGUCCCAACUUUUCUAAAAUUGAGGUUUGUAAUAAAGGAUAUACUUUUGACUACUUAUAGUGCUAAGCUGUAGCUCCUUUAUUAUUAUUCCAUUUUCUGCUUCAUGUAUUACGUUGAUGUAAUGAUCAAGCAUGAUGCUGUAUCAAAUACUUAUAGAAGUGUAGUUCAUCAUUCUGGGCCCUAAAACAUAUUGCAUAUCGCAUUACCCUCAUUCAUCACCACUUUGCACCCCACUAGCUCUGGUCCUGUAUACUAAACGUUUUUCAAGUUUUGUGAGUACAGUUAGAAAUGCUAUAAUGUAUAACAGCUACAGUCCAGAUGUUAUAGCAGAGACUGUAUUGAUCUGUAUUCAUUUACAGAUGUCAUGCAUAUAUCUAUACAUCUUGAGCAACUAUAGCUACUUGAUAAGCUGGACAUUAUAAGCUAUGGUGUAUGCUCUAUAGCAGGGGUUCUCAUUCCUGGACUGGAGGCCACUGCCCUUUCUCUAGUCCGAAAACACCUACUCCAGCUCACUGAGGUUAAAUCAGGUGUGUUGGAAGCAGAGAAAACUUAAACUCUGCAGGGAUUGUUUGUUUGUUUGUUUAUUAGGAUUUUAACGUCAUGUUUUACACUUUGGUUACAUUCAUGACAGAAAUGAUAGUUACUCAUUACACAGGGUUCAUCAGUUCACACGGUUAAAUUAAACACAGUCAUGGACAAUUUAGUGUCUCCAAUUUACCUCACCUGCAUGUCUUUGGACUGUGGGAGGAAACCGGAGCUCCUGGAGGAAACCCACACAGACACGGGGAGAACAUGCAAACUUCACACAGAAAGGACCCGGACCGCCCCACCUGGGGAUAGAACCCGGGACCUUCUUGCUGUGAGGCGACAGUGCUAUCCACUUAGCCACUGUGCCACCCUAAAACCCUGCAGAGUAGUGAGUCCUUAAGAAUGAUAAUGCAGUUCUAAUGCAUUGUGAAUAUGGGAUUAUUUGGAAGUGUUGCUUAAGUAUUUGAGCUGAACAGAUUCUCUGCUUUGCAAACAGCUACAAACCCCAAAGAAUCCUACCUUGUCCGAACGGAUUCAAGUUGGUGAAAUCAGAUUUUAUGUGGCUUUUACGUCAUUUGAUGCACUAUGCUUCUUUACACCUUACACUUGCGAUGGCGGCGACAGCAGCAACAACUUGGCGUAAUGUGUUCAUAACCAUGACUAGACACUCUGCCCUUGUGUAAAACACUAUUAUCUUUAUUAUUGGCAGCAACUAACUGGUUGUCUUUUUUAUACUCUAAUCCACUACUCAGAAUAGGCAAGUCUGUGUCCUUACCAUAGCAAGCAAGCAAAAGUAACCAAUGUGCUCACUUGAAAAACUGGAUUUGAGAAAGAAUCCGAUUUGCUCUGCAAUCUAAAAAUAGCCAUAUUGUUCUUCACUUGGAUUUCAUGUGAGUCUAAUGGUGUGAAUAUUUAUUUCUGAGGGUUAUAAAAACGCUGGUGUAUGGCUGGAGCUCUGAAAAAAACAUUCCCUUAAACUAUAUACAAACUACAGAGACAUCACUGUCUGUAAUAUGCAGGGGGAAAACACACCCCUACUUGACUUUCAGGAAUAAAUGCAGUGCCGCAAAGUAGCCAGUCCAUGACUUUGUCCCUGCUUGAUACUGACAUAGUGAUGAUCCAGCUCUCUCGAGCUUUUUCUUCCAAGUGGUUUAAAGAAAAAUAAUAGAUAGUUUUAAGCUCUAGGCUCUACACGGCAUUUUUCUAAUGUCAAAAAUAGUCAGUGACUUGCCCCUUUUGUACAAGUUUCUACAGGUUAUGUUGCGUAUUUCUGCGCUGCAGAUUGUGAAUGGUCAGCAUUUAUUUUUGAUACUCCACAACUAAUCUGUUCAGCUUUGAGCAAGUAAAAAAUUAAGCAUUUUUAAAACUUAAAAUCUGUUUUUAGCACUUUUUGGGGGCAUUUGUUAGAAAAACUGAAUAAACUGAAUUUUUUUUAAUCUAAA